CUACACACACUGAGGCGAAGCUCUAUGGCAAUGAUGCUUCCUACGCUCCUGCGUACGACUCGCCGUCAAUUCGGUGCAUUCUCGGCCGUGCGCGCAUUCUACACACCCACGCGCAACCCCGCACACGCCUCCUGGACGGACGACGAUAAGACUUACUUCCAAAAGCUACUUAAACCCGAGAGCGUGCUCACCGACGCUGAUGACACCGAGACGUACACGGUGGAUUGGCUCAAGAAGUACAAGGCGCAGAGCAGCCAUCAGAUGGUGCUCAAGCCCAAGACCACGGAGCAGGUCUCAGCCAUCCUCAAGUACUGCAACGAGCGUAACUUGCCAAUCGUACCGCAAGGAGGCAACACUGGUCUCGUGGGCGGCAGCGUGCCGGUGUACGACGAAAUCGUACUGUCCACUAGCUCGAUGAACAACGUGAUCUCGUUCGAUGAGGUGUCGGGUAUUUUGGUGUGUGAGGCUGGCUGCAUCCUGGAGAACCUGGACAACCACGUGGCCAAGCACGGCUACAUGAUGCCACUUGAUCUCGGCGCGAAAGGAACGUGUCAGAUCGGUGGUAAUGUCGCGACCAACGCUGGUGGUCUCCGUUUGCUGAGAUAUGGUUCUCUACACGGUACGGUGUUGGGUAUUGAGGCUGUACUAGCGGAUGGAACGGUGAUCGACUGCCUCAGCACCAUGCGCAAGGACAACACUGGUUACGAUCUCAAGCAGUUAUUCAUCGGCUCUGAGGGUACGCUUGGUGUGGUAACCAAGGUGUCGAUCCUAACUCCUCCCCGUUCAUCGUCAAAGAAUGUCGCACUCCUUGCCUGUGAAGACUUCGAGGCUUGCCAGAAGGCGUUUGUUGAGGCGAAGAAGAAUUUGGGCGAGGUCUUGUCCGCCGUUGAGUUCAUGGACCGUCAGUCUCUGGACAUGGUGUUGUCUCAACAGGACUGGACAAAGGAUCCACUCGAGAUGCCCAGUCCAUUCUACGUACUGAUUGAGACGUCGGGUAGCAACUCUGACCACGAUAUGGAGAAGCUGGAGGCGUAUCUGGAAGAUGUCAUGGGAUCUGGUGUUGUGGUUGACGGCACGGUUGCUCAGGAUGAGGCUCAGGCGCAGAAGCUGUUUAUGUUGCGCGAGGAUGUUUCGAUGUCGUUAAGCUCACGUGGAUACGUGUACAAGUACGACAUUUCGCUGCCCAUGGAUCAAUACUAUAAGGUCGUAGAAGAGGUUCGUGAGAAGAUGGCUCCUCUUGGCGCUGAAGUGGUCGGCUUUGGCCACAUGGGAGAUUGCAACCUGCACCUUAACAUAUCUACGCUAGAGUACGACGAGAAGGUGUUCAACGCACUGGAGCCCUACGUCUUCGAGUGGACGUCCAAGUACCGUGGAAGCAUCAGCUCAGAGCAUGGUAUCGGCACACACAAGCCUUCGUACCUGCAUCUGUCCAAGUCCGACAACUCCAUCCAGCUCAUGAGGCAAAUGAAGCAAAUGAUGGACCCUAAGGGAAUCCUCAACCCGUACAAGGUUCUACCCACUAGCGAAUAG